GAUUAAUCGUACACCAUACAUUCCACCCACCCAGACCUCCACCUGGAAGGGAAAGGAUGGCCUCAGAAGAGGAGGAAGAACAGUACAACGAUGUUCCUCUCCAACACCGGCGGCCUUUCGGGUCUGGGCUCAAGCGGAAUGCAAUAGCCUUCGUGCGAGCCUCCGACGGCGAUCUGCGGCUUGCAGACCAGACUGCCAAGGCCAAACCUUCGCAGAACAUUGGAGACCUUUACCUGAGCAUGGUUCUCCCAAAAGACCGAUCACGGCCUCAAUCCCCCCAGGUCCAAGCACCGCAGGAGCCUCUCAAGGUCUGCACGGUGUGUCAAAUCCCGCUCACUGAAAACCCAGAGAAAGACAAGGAUGGCCCUCCCGAGGUGGCCACCUAUCCCCAAAACGCCCACGAGUCGUCUCUCGCCCACCAGGUAUGCCUGGCCCACUCUCACCCGCCGUCGGCCCUAGACCGGUCGCGCAUGGGCCUAAGCUACCUAGAGUCGCGCGGCUGGGAUCCAGAUUCCCGCGCCGGGCUGGGGGCUUCCCAGCAAGGUAUCAAGUUCCCCAUCAAGCCGAAGCCCAAAGAUGAUACCCUGGGGCUCGGCCUGGUCUUUCCCAAGGACGCGCCAAAGAAGAAGGAAAAGCCCCAGCAGCUUGACGCCGGCAGGGUGAGGAAGAUGGCGCGGGAAGAGAAAAAGAGGACCGAGAGGCUGCAGCGGCAUUUUUACAGUAAUGAUGAUGUUGAAAAGUACCUUGGGCCGGGGCAUGGGGUCUGACGUUGCCAAAUGCUACCUGGUAGGGCGAUGGUACAUGAUAUCAGAUGAACAUGGUAUACGGAACCUGUUUCUUUGUUCGGGUAGACCAGCAUAUUUGGCCCUCACGUCCUAUAUGUAAAAAAAAUACACUUUUUAAAUCUUUACAGGAACGUGUAUCAUUUGGAUCUUUGCCUCUUAAAUAAUCCU